AUGCCGGAGACCGGGCAGGAGCCCCCCAGCGCCCCUCCGCCGCCCCCCAAAGAGUCCUUCUACAUCAAGAACCUGCUCAACGGCGGCCCCCCCAAAGCGCCCCCCAAGCAGCCGCGGGCGCUGUUCGCCCCUUCGGGCAAGGCGGCGGUGGACGGAGCCGGCUUCGCCCUCUCGCAGGUGGGCGACCUCGCCUUUCCCCGCUUCGAGAUCCCGGCGCCGCGCUUUGCCCUGAGCGCCCACUGCCUGGAGCGCGCCCAGACCUGGUGGUACCCCUACGCCCUGACGCCGGCCGGAUCCCACCUGCCCCGCACGGAAGCCGCAGAGAAAUCCCUGCUGAGGGACUCGUCCCCCGCCUCGGGCACCGACCGGGACUCCCCGGAGCCGCUGCUGAAGGCGGAAGGGGAGCAGAAGGAGCUGGACUCCAAGAGCCCGGACGAGAUCGUCCUGGAGGAGAGCGACUCGGAGGAGGCGAAGAAGGAGGGAGGCGCGGAGGACUGGAAGAAACGGGAGGAGAGCCCCGAGAAGAAGCCGUGCCGCAAGAAGAAGACGCGCACGGUGUUCAGCCGCUCGCAGGUCUUCCAGCUGGAGUCCACCUUCGACAUGAAGCGCUACCUGAGCAGCUCGGAGCGCGCCGGCCUGGCCGCCUCGCUGCACCUGACAGAGACCCAGGUGAAGAUUUGGUUCCAGAACCGCCGCAACAAGUGGAAGCGGCAGCUGGCGGCCGAGCUGGAGGCGGCCAACCUGAGCCACGCGGCCGCGCAGCGCAUCGUCCGCGUCCCCAUCCUCUACCACGAGAACUCGGGCGCGGAGGGAGGCGCGGGGGGCGGCGGAGCCCCCGGCACGCAGCCCCUGCUCACCUUCCCUCACCCCGUCUACUAUUCCCACCCCGUGGUCACCUCCGUGCCGCUGCUGCGGCCCGUCUGA